ACGAGCACCUGCUUAUCCAUGGCCGCUCAAAACCCUGCAUCCCCUUCUGAACCUCGUUGGAAUUAUGAUGUUUUCUUGAGUUUCAGAGGUGAAGACACCCGCAAAACCUUCAUUGAUCACCUCUACUAUGCCUUGGUGGAAGCCGGAAUUCACACCUUCCAAGAUGACGACGAGCUUUCUAGAGGGAACCACAUUUCUACCGAACUGCUCAAAGCUAUUCAAGGUUCAAUGAUUUCUAUUGUGGUUUUCUCUAAAGGCUAUGCUUCUUCUAGUUGGUGCCUUGAUGAGAUUGUGGAGAUCCUGCGCUGUAAGAAUGCCAUAGGCCAAACUUUUCUUCCCAUAUUUUAUGACCUGAGCCCCUCGGACGUGCGAAAACAGACCGGAUCGUUUGCAGAAGCAUUUUCUAUGCACGAAGAGCGGUUUCAAGCAAAGAUGGAGAGGGUGCAGAAGUGGAGGGAAGCUCUUACUGUAGCUGGAAACUAUUCCGGUUGGGAUCUCCAAAACAUUGCAAACGGGUACGAAUCAAGGUUCAUCAGAAAAAUUGUUGAAGUAGGUUUGCAUAAAGUGAACAAUGCUUGCUUGCAUAUUGCCAAACAUCCAAUAAGUACGUAUAGAUUAUCGUGUCGAAAAGAUGAAAGUUUUCUUAAAUCUUGGAACAAGUGA